AGAGAAAGUAACUCCAGGACGAGACCGGAGCGACCCGCGCAGCGAGCAGAGGCGGCGAGGCUGCGCCCGGCGCCCGAGACCAGCGGCUGCGCGGGGCGGGGGCUGCGCCCGAGUCCGAUCCGCCGCUCCGGCUCCGAGUGGUCUCGGGGAAAGGGUCGUUGUCCAGCACAGAUGCGUUUGUCGGAGGGAGCAGUGGAGGUUCGCGGCAAGGCGUACAGCCUGGGGCUUCCAGUGAUACUCUGGGCAGCGAUGGAAGCCUAGAUGCCUCACCGCAAGGAGCGGCCGAGCGGGUCCUCGCUUCACGCCCACGGCAGCACUGGCACCGCGGAGGGAGGAAGCAUGUCUCGGUUGUCUCUCACCCGGUCGCCUGUGUCUCCCCUGGCCGCCCAGGGGAUCCCACUGCCAGCCCAGCUCACUAAGUCCAACGCGCCUGUGCACAUCGACGUGGGCGGCCACAUGUACACCAGCAGCCUGGCCACGCUCACCAAGUACCCUGACUCCAGAAUAAGCCGCCUCUUCAAUGGCACCGAGCCCAUCGUCCUGGACAGUUUGAAGCAACAUUAUUUCAUCGACCGGGACGGGGAGAUUUUCCGCUAUGUCCUGAGCUUCCUGCGGACGUCGAAACUGCUGCUCCCAGAUGACUUCAAGGGGGAUGAAGCCACCCCCAGUGCUGGGGCCGGAUGGAAGAGCUCAGGGGGUCUUGGGACAGGUGCACACCAGCUGCUGCCUGGAUGGAGGACUUCAGCCUGCUGUACGAGGAGGCGCGCUACUACCAGCUGCAGCCCAUGGUGCGCGAGCUGGAGCGCUGGCAGCAGGAACAGGAGCAGCGGCGCCGCAGCCGGGCCUGCGACUGCCUGGUGGUGCGCGUCACGCCGGACCUGGGUGAGCGGAUCGCGCUCAGCGGCGAGAAGGCUCUCAUCGAGGAGGUCUUCCCCGAGACCGGGGACGUCAUGUGCAACUCGGUCAACGCCGGCUGGAACCAGGACCCCACGCACGUCAUCCGCUUCCCGCUCAACGGCUACUGCCGGCUCAACUCGGUGCAGGUCCUGGAGAGGCUGUUCCAGAGGGGUUUCAGCAUGGCUGCGUCCUGCGGGGGUGGCGUGGACUCCUCCCAGUUCAGCGAAUACGUGCUUUGCCGGGAGGAGCGGCGGCCGCAGCCCACCCCCACUGCUGUCCAAAUAAAGCAGGAGCCCCUGGACUAGGCCCUGCCUCAGCGCCCACCUGAGGCCUCUGGGCCCUGGGGACACCCCAGGGACCAGGAAACAGUGCUGGGGAGUUCUGCCUAUGCCUGCUUAGCGGUGGCCAUGAGACUGAGGGUGGGGCUGGAGGGUCCAAAGCCUGCCCAGAGAGCCCCAAGGCCCCACGUGUCAUGGCAACAGAAUGUGGGAUGCUGGAGGCACGUCCACUGAAGGACUGUUGAUGUGACCCAAAGAUGCCGAGGUGGGAGAACUCGGCCACCAGUUGUCUGGGCCCCUCGGCUCCCAGUCCGGUCCUCGCGGCGCCACACGUGCCGAGGCAGGGUCAGCAGAGGCCUCCCCAGUGCACUCCGAGGAGCUGUCCAUCCUUCGCCACGCGGCAGACUCCAGCGGGUCUCCUUGCGUCAGAGAUGGCUUAUUUUUCUACAGUAUUUAAGACGGAAGUAACUGUCAGUGCACAAGUCAGAGAGGCCGACAAAGACCAAUGCUUCCUUAUCUGGUGCUCAGCUCAGUCGGACGCGCAGCAUGUCUGCAUGGGGGGUGGAAGAGCUGCCGGACACUCGGGCCCAGGUGCCCGCAGAGCAGGGCUUGGAGACUUCUGGUCCCUGCUCUAGGGGCAGAUGCAGGGAUGGCAGUGCCACAGGGGCUGAAACUGGGCUCCCACGGGGUGGGGCUGCUGGGAGGAGGGUGGUACAGGCGUGGGGGAUGGAUAGCUGUGGAACCACUUGAGACCCUACCUUUGCUGCCGCCUGGGGCACAGGCCACACUUGAGAACCACCUGACCAACUAAUGCCCAGGGCCUUCGAUUCCUAUCUGUGCGUGCGCACACCUGGGCUCCCAGAGAAGUCAUCUCCCCAUCAGGACCAGCCAUGGGGCCACACCACAUCCUUACCUCAGGAAUGGGCCCCACGGUGAAGGGGCCCAUCUGUCAGCAGCAUCCUCUGGGUCCCCAGCUCAGGAAGCCGUCCCCCACUCUGAUUUUCCCACACUCAUAUGCACACUGAAUUUUAAUUAGACUGUUGUUACACUAGCUUGCCAGUAAGACCCGGACAGAGUCAUACCUUGGGUUCUUGGCCCCGGAUUCCAACAAGGACUGCCUCUGAGGGGUCCUCACAGACCUGCUGCCUCUCAGACGACAGGUCCAAAGAUGGAUACCGCCUGCCUUGUCACAGUUCCCCUCCCCUCCCGAGAUGGCUCUUUUCCCGGGUUGGAGGAACCGCAAAGAACUGCUGGGUGGGCGGGGCGUCCCGGCCAGCACUGCCCCUUGUACGAUGCCUGUAGACUUGUAUAUGACUCCUUUAAUAUUGUAAAGAUGCUGAUGUACAAUUGUCGCGUGUUUGUGUAAACACAUUAUGUUCCUAGUUCAUGCCAUAAAUGAUGCUAUAAAAGCGAAA